UGAUUUCACCACCAUAUACGAGUGGAGCAACUUAGUUUUAAAGUUGCCCUCUGAUACAAGCCUGGUAGAUGGAGAGUACAACCCAAGAAAUAAACCAUUAUAUAUGGCAGUGUUUCGCGGAAGGGUGUUUGUCAGCUACUCUCGAUACAAUGGAAUUCCUGUGACCCUUGCUUGGUUUCCAACGACUUCCGAGUCUUCUACGCCUCCACAACUCAACCCAUUUCCCUCGUGGCAAGCGCAGAAAAGAAGUGAUUGCAAGGCCGCCUUAUAUAGCAUCAGGGGCUUGGACAUUGAUAUCUACGGUCGCCUCUGGGCUGUUGAUGAUGGAAGUGACGUCUGCAAACCAAAGUUGUGGAUAUUUGACCUCAAUCACAAAGAUUCGCUCAAAGUUAAACACGAGUUCCUUCCUGAAGUUGUUUCCUCAGAACGGUUCCUGCUUGACCUUGUUGUGGACGUAACGCCGGAAGACACUUUCGCGUACAUUGCUGACUCAUAUGAGCAAUCAACACACAUCAUCGCAUACAGUCUCAACAAAGAUAAGUCCUGGCGCGUGGAAACUGGAGCCAGUCGCAUCGAAACUCUCGCCAUUUCACAUUCCAACAUUUACGUUGGUGGACUGCACUCCAACAACCUGCAUGCGGUUCGACUGUGUGAAAUCAGAGCGGAAAUUAAAAAACCGAAAACGUCUUUCAUUGGUAAAUUUUCAUAUGAAACUAGAAGAAUGGUUUUGGACCUAAACGGGAGGUUGUAUUUCGACCUUCCUUACGAAAGGUCCAUAAAAUCAUGGGAUACCAACGUUGCCAGCUUCAAAGAAGAGAAAUUUUUCAAGGACACAAGGUUGGCCGAAUACUAUCCAUUUAUAUUUUCCCUUGACGAAUUCAACAAUCUUUGGAUAAUAACAAUGUCCGACAAAGAACCAAAAUACAAGUUAAUGAAAUAUGCAGUCAGUCGCACAAAAUCAGAGACCUGUACCUGCAACUACACAAUAAGUACUGCAACAACCAGCACGACGACCACUGAGCACCAGCCCGACAUUUCCGCGUUUGACUGCGGUCUCAAUUUCACUGAAAGUGGAAUUUUUGCACGGUUGGAUCGCCACCAAACUGAUACUUUGAUCAUUUCCUUGAUGUGCUCGAACGGAGUCACCUUCUUAAUAAUGGCUCUAAUCAUUUUGUUCCUUGGUCUGAAAUUUAGAAGAAUGCAAAAUUCCAUCGACCAGAUAAAUAAGGAGGGCGAAGAAAUGUCCCAAUUUCCUCGUGAUGAUGAUGAGUCGGACACGUACGAUGAUGUUGGACCACCUGAGCCUUUGGCCGAGAACCAGGACGAUAAUGAACCGAUUUAUGAGCGAUGCGAAAGUGAGUCAGAAUUGUACGCGGAAAUUGUUCCACAACCAGGACAUAAUUACUUUGUUUAACACGUUACGUAUAAUCUCAAUAUUUAUAUGAAUAUAGCAGAGCCUUAUUAUCUUAUAUUUGUUUAAAAUUUGUGUGCUUAUGUCAAAUUAAAAAAAAUAAAUAGCUUGAUAUAUUGUAUUUUAGC